AUGAGCCAAUAUAACACGCCAUCUCGACCUGGCAUCUCCAAGUGGUGGUGCAUCGGCUUCUUCAUCGCCGCCGUCGUAUUUUUCAUCAUCGGCGGCGCCCUCGUCGGCACCUAUUUCUCUUCCGGUUACUCUACCUGCAGCACCUACAGCUCCUUCAGCUCCUACUAUUAUGACUACUCCUGCUUCGAUGGAAACGAUGGCGAGUUCUACGGCGGCAUCGCCAUGAUUGUCAUCGGCGGCGUCUGCAAGCUCGUCGCCUGGAUCCUCCUGAUCGUCUUCUGCGUCCAGCGCCGCCGCUUCAACCAAACCAACAUCACCUACGUCAAUGCGCCUAUGGCCGCGCCCCAGCCCGUAGCCCAGCAGGGCUACGUCGCCCCUCAACCAACCUAUCCUCCCGUUGACCCGACAGCCCAGUUCCCGCGCUCCCCGGCCAGCCCGGCCCCCUACCCGGCCAGCGUGAGCACGCCUCCCCCCAAGGAGGCCACUGCCACGGCAUUCCGCUACUGCGGCCAGUGCGGGACGGCCAUGUCGUCUCGUUUCUGCCCGCAGUGCGGCUUCGGACAGUAA